UUAAAACCAGUUCCGAGCCUUUAAAACGUUUGUAAGCUUUAACUGAAGUGCAGUCGUUAUUAGUUCCUCUCUCACCGGACCAUUUGGUCAAGUUUCUUUGCCACCAACUAACUCACUUACUCGUAUGUGCGCUGUUAAGACGACUGUUGCAGGCCUUCGAUGGGUUUGAUGAAGAAAACCAGAUUUAGUUAGGCGAGAAACGUUGAAGCGCCGCUUUGUGACGCACCAAUUGUAGUAUAUAAAAAAAUACGCCGCGAUGUGAAUUAAAAAAGUACGACUGAUUUUUCAACUGAUUAACAAAUUACGGAGCAUUGAUCUCUUUUAAACUCCACUAAUGUUACACAAAUAAUUCGUUGCGAUACCAAACAUCAAAAUGAGCAGCCUGAGAAACAAUGCGAAGUAUUCAGUUUUAUUAGUCAUCGCUGCUUUUAUUUUAUCACAAAACGUUGUCAGCGCGCAACAACUUAUAGCGUACAUUUCUCAACAUGGUCUGCAUGGUGAGAUCACUUUUCGCCAAGUCAAUGCAACAACUGUGGAAAUAAAAGCCAAGCUAGAAACCACACUUCAGUAUCCGGAACAAGUGUGGAGUUGGGGUGUAAGAAAGUUUCCGGUGGAUUAUAGCGAUAUCGACCCGGAGUCGCGCUGCAGUUUGGAAAAGUUGGGUGCCCAAGUGUUGAGUUUCGAUGAGAGUCUCGAUUAUCUGGUCUUACCCGGAAAUGAAACUGCCACAUGGCACCGGGAAAUGAUGUUAAUAGGUGAGAGAGAUUUACUGACAUACUUAUGUAUCUGCUAUUGCAUAGCAGGGUUCGUCUUUCUGCACACAUACUCUGCUCACGCACACGCCAGUAACACAUUCAACAUGAUUCAAUAA